AUGAAAGAACAAAGAAAUGGAUUACCAUAUAAUUUUGGCAACUUCGAGAAGAAAAAUGAGGAAAGGGUCAAGGGAACAGUAGGUGACAAGGGAACGACAGGCGACAAGGGAACACAAGGAGACAAAGGAACGACAGGAGAUAAAGGAACACAAGGAGAUAAAGGAAUGACAGGUCUAAAAGGAACUCAAGGAGACAAAGGAACUAAAGGAAUGAAAGGCGAGACAGGUUACAAAGGAAUGAAAGGAAUGCAAGGAAUGAAAGGUAUCAAAGGGAUGAAAGGAUCUAAAGGAACACAAGGCGAUAAGGGAACGGAUGGUGAUAAAGGAAUGACAGGAUCCAAAGGGACGACUGGAGAUAAAGGAACAGACGGCGACAAAGGCACUGAUGGUGAUAAAGGAAUGACAGGACUAAAAGGAACACAAGGUGACAAAGGAACGACAGGAGACAAAGGCGCAACAGGAAACAAAGGAACACAAGGUGAUAAGGGGACGAAAGGAAUGAAAGGCGAGACGGGAUAUAAAGGCAUGAAAGGAAUGCAGGGAAUGAAAGGCGUCAAAGGAAUGAAGGGAUCAAAAGGAACAUAUGGUGACAAAGGAACUGAUGGCGAUAAAGGAAUGAAGGGAAUGAAAGGCACUACUGGAGAUAAAGGUGAAACAGGAUUUAAAGGACCCGUAGGACCAAAGGGAACUAUAGGCGACAAAGGAAUGACCGGCAUGAAAGGAACACAAGGAGACAAAGGAGCAAAGGGAAUGAAGGGAGAGACGGGAUAUAAAGGAAUGAAAGGAAUGCAAGGAAUGAAGGGAGUCAAAGGAAUGAAAGGAGAGAAAGGAACAUACGGUGAUAAAGGAACUGAUGGAGACAAAGGAACGCAAGGAGAUAAAGGUGUAACUGGUCAAAAAGGAACAAUUGGGGACAAAGGUGUCAAAGGAACACAAGGUGACAAAGGAGCAGAUGGCACACCAGGAACACAAGGAGACAAAGGGAUGACAGGGAUGAAAGGAACACAAGGAGAUAAAGGAACUAAAGGAAUGAAAGGAGAGACAGGAUAUAAAGGUAUGAAAGGAAUGCAGGGAAUGAAAGGUAUUAAAGGAAUGAAAGGAAGUAAAGGAACACAAGGCGACAAAGGAAUGACAGGAGAAAAGGGAACAAUUGGUGACAAAGGUCAAGGUGGCACUCAAGGCGACAAGGGAAUGGCAGGGGAGAAAGGUACACUAGGAGAUAAAGGAACUAAAGGAAUGAAAGGAGAAACGGGAUAUAAAGGUACGAAAGGAAUGCAAGGAAUGAAAGGUAUUAAAGGAAUGAAAGGAAGUAAAGGCACAGUUGGGGACAAAGGUGAGAAAGGAGGAGAAGGACCACCAGGUUCCAAAGGAACCCAAGGUGACAAAGGAAUGGAUGGAGAAAAGGGAACACAAGGGGAUAAAGGAAUGCCAGGAAUGAAGGGAACUCAAGGCGACAAGGGAAUGAAAGGAAUGAAGGGAACCCAAGGAGACAAAGGUAUGAAAGGAGAAACAGGUUACAAAGGCAUGAAAGGUAUGCAAGGAAUGAAGGGUGUCAAAGGACUGAAAGGAACACAAGGUGAUAAGGGAAUGACUGGAAAUAAAGGAACACAAGGCGACAAGGGAACGAAAGGAAUGAAAGGCGAGACAGGUUACAAAGGAAUAAAAGGUAUGCAGGGAAUGAAAGGUGUUAAAGGGAUGAAGGGAUCAAAAGGAACAUAUGGUGACAAGGGAACUGAUGGUGAUAAAGGAACAAUGGGAGACAAAGGAAUGACAGGGAUGAAAGGAACACAAGGAGAUAAAGGAACAGAUGGUGACAAAGGGACAUACGGAGAUAAAGGGAUGACAGGAAUGAAGGGAACGCAAGGAGACAAAGGAACACAAGGUGAUAAGGGAACAUCUGGUGAUAAAGGAAUGACAGGAAACAAAGGGACGACUGGGGACAAAGGCACACUAGGUGACAAAGGAAUGACAGGAGGGAAAGGAACACAAGGAGACAAAGGAACCAAGGGAAUGAAGGGAGAGACAGGUUACAAAGGAAUGAAAGGAAUGCAGGGAAUGAAAGGUGUUAAAGGAAUGAAGGGAGAAAAGGGAACUCUAGGGGACAAAGGAACACAAGGAGACAAAGGAACACAAGGUGAUAAAGGAAUGAUCGGAGGUAAAGGCACCACCGGAGAUAAAGGAGAACCUGGUAAGUAA